UCCUUAGCUGCUCAUGAGUGCAAGACGGAAGGACUUGAGCCGCGUAGAGUCUGGGUCUUCGACCCGAUCCAAGAUAGAACCGAUCUUUACCCAGGUGGAUGACUUGGACCUCUACGACGCCUUAUUGCGGGUCACGAUUUUGAACUACCGGACGGAACCCCGCUACAAAAACCCUACGGUCGUUAAAAAGGCGGCGGCGGUGACAAUUCCCACGGAACCCGUCAAACUCCCAGCAAACUUCUUCACGCUCUUAGAAAAGGCAUUGAAAGCAAUCGCGAUGAAGCUCUACGCGAUGAAGAUCGACGACCACACGCGACGCUCGCUCUUACGCUUCUACACCGACACACAGCUCUUCAAUGAAGGUGAGCGCAAGAAGCUUGAGCGGCGGUUCGUGACACAGCCGCCGGAGGACUUGAUUGUAAUGUUCAUCAAGGCCGCUAACACCGCCACAAAGGAAUUGGAGGCCUCUGGCACUAUUGCAGAUCCCAAGAACUUGGUGGUGAAACACACAGACACGUUCAUCAAGAUCUUGAUCCAGAUUGUGCAGUCCACGGGGCCGAACGGUGACGCGGUGGUACGUAAGUUGCGCGAAUACGGCCAGAAAUCCACCGCGCGCGCACCCGACGCGGUUGAGUACAAAUUUGUGGCGCCAACUUUCAACACAGAGGACAUGCGCGCGCUCCCCACGCUCUGCACUGUGUUCGGCCUCUCAAAAGACAAGGUCCACAUGGACGUGAUUCUGUUGAAGAACUAUGUAACCGAAACUGCGUACAUCACAGAUUUGAACCAGGUGUUGACUAAGGCGCGUAAAGACGUGGGGGUGUACAGCCCCCAGGACUUCCGCUCUACCGCGGCGUACGUGGACUGGAACGAUGCGGAGAUGAAGGUGCUCCAACAGGAGAUUGAGCGGUUUACGCCGCAUCCAAAGCAGAAGAGGCAGCAAGUUGCGCUGCUCAAGGCGGGGGAGAAUUAUUACGUAUUGCCAAGAUCGCCGCGCGACUUUCUUUAUUCAUUGAUUGUGAAGCUCCUAAGUAAAAGCGAAGGCUCAGACGCAGCAUCCUCCAAUUCUGAUGAGAUCCUUUCCCCCACAGACAUGACGUACAUCUGUGAAGUCGCGCGGUGCUGGCGUGUGGAUGCAAGCAUGCGCGCGUGUCUCAUCCAUUGCGCCGCGAAUGCGACGCUCCUCAAUCCUGCGAGCCCUUUGGACUUUGACGCCAUUCAUACAGUGCUUCACAGCGUUCGUAUAGCCUUUGGCACCACAGAGCUCUCCCUAGAAGACGAGCUAGCCUGGUUCGAGCGUCAGCCUAACCCAGUGACGGAGGCGAUGGCUGCGAACUUAACACAGAACUACGGCCAGGUGAUGGAAGUUGUCAAGCGCGACAUCAAGAUGCUCCUAGAGAGCGAUGUGCUAGAUGACUAUGUCGCCGCGUGGGGAAAAAUCCGCUACGACGUGUUCUUUGACUCGCGUGCGGUGCAGAAGUGGACACGGCGCAUCGCAAAGAAGGUUGAGAAGGUCACCAUCGAGUUGUACAAGACGUUCAUUGACGAGAUUUUGGCGGAACCCAACCUCCAGAUCACGCAUGUGUUUUCGUUCUUCUUACAAAUCGUUGAGUAUAUCGAUACGACGGAGCGCCGCUUUGCAAAGCCGUUCUUUGACGUGGACGUCGCAGCCAUCACCAAAGAGUCCAUGACGGCCUGGCUCGGUGAGCACGCGCAGACGACGUUGGGGCACGUGUGCAAGAACGCAGAGAUUUCGAUCGACGACGCGCUAAAGACAUGCUUCGUGCUCGAAGACUUGCGUGCAAUCCACGGUGCGGUAUCACGUGCGGACUUUGGUUUCAAUAUUGAAGCGUUUUUCCUCCCUUACGCUGAACGGAAGGUGGCGGCAGAGGUUGGAUUGUUUCGCGAGUGCGUGGAAAACGCGGUGCGCCAAGACAACUUGACCGCAGAAGAGGUUCCAUACAGCCCGUCCAUCAAGACUAUCUUCGAGAUGAUUGCACGGUUGAAGAAGAAUGUCACAUUGUUGCAGUGGAAAAACCGCUACCAUGUGGCAAAAUUGAACACCCAAUUGUUAAAGGGGAUCACUGAUGGCAUCACCUACUAUUCGGAUAAGAUGUUUGAGAUGAUAGUGGAGGACUUGGAGGAGGGGGCUCCGCUUUUGACCGACUCGGUCAAGCGCAAGAGUGGUAUCAACAACUGGUUUGCCGAGGUGACGAGCGUGGUGAAUGGCAUGAACACCGUCGCAAUCGAGGGCGUUGCCCCGUACUCCUUCAGACACCGCACGUGUGUGGCGGUAGUGAAUCUUGCGACGGCAUUGCACCGGUUGGAGGACUUGGAGCGCGACUUUAAUAUCGAGCGCAUCUCGCGUACGGUCGAAGAAAACGACCCGCGCGCCCGCACCAACUUCACCAGCCAUCUUUUCACGCUCCGCAUCGUGCGCGCCACUGGUUUGGCGCCUAAAGCGAACACGACCCCGAACCCGUACGUGACGCUUGCCGACACCAACGCGCGCCGUCGCAUCUGCCGCACCAAGACCGCCAGCCGGACCGUAUACCCCGAAUGGAACGAGGAGUUUGAGAUCAUCCUUCCAGCGGACGGUGAGGUGGUGGUGUCGGCCACAGUUUGGGAUGAGUCUUCCCGCGGCAGCGAUGACAUCUUUGGCCGCAACACGUUCACGCUCCAACCGUCACGCUUCGACAACGACGGGAUCCCGCGCGAGAUGAUCCUCCAGCUCGAUAGCCAGGGAACGUUGGUGAUAGAGGCUGCCAUGGAGAGCCAGCGUCUCGACGCCAUCUUCUGUGUGGGUAAGACUCGUAGGGCUCUCUCCCGUAACAUCGAUCGCGCUAUUAAGCUCAUUGUCGAAAAGUUCCAUGCGCCAAUUGCCAGCACCUUCUCGCGUGCGACACUAAAGACGGUGUGUGGCGCCAAUGGCACGACCGGUGCGGAUGAUGCGGCUAAGAAUCGCGCGCUCCAGGGCUUGUUCGCAUACCUAGGCGAGAACCUUGCGGUGUUGAACGACUCGCUCACGCGCGAGCUCUUGCACAAGACCAUGUUGGUGAUGUGGCUGGUAAUUCUCGCGCAGGCAGACGCGCUUUUGUUGCCGCCGUUGCACUCGAAAUAUCUCCUGGCGAGCGCAAACGCAUUGUCGUGGUCGUCUGUGAGCAGCGCCGUGGCGAACGUGGCGGCUACGAAUGGCAUUGCCGGCUACGGGCGUCCAUUGUCCGCGUUGGAGAUGGAGACGAUCCUCUUCUGGCUCGAGGACUGCAAGGAGUCGUUCCACCAGGACGGCCAUGGCCCCCUGAUCAAGGAUCUCAAGACGGAAAAGUACCAGAUGCUCCUCUUGGCGACCGCGUUGCAUGACCAGUCGACGCAGGAGUUGCGUCGCGAGGUUGAGGAGUUGGCCCCAUCGUUUGCCAAGUUGCUUAGAGAAAAGAACUUUGUGCAAACGGGCAAGGAGCCGUCGCGCGUGUUCUCCAUCGCGCGCUCGCGCACCAUCAUGGCGCAUGGGACGAUGAAGGCACGGAAGAAGGCGAUUGCAGAGGCGGAAUUGGCCAAGAGCGAUCCCACGUCGCAGAACGCUGCGAAGGAGGACAUUAUAUUGCGGAUCUUGAUAUCGAAGAAUGACAAGGAGUUUGUGUCGAAGCGGCUUGACCAGCGCGAGAGGCUCGCACAGAGCAUCAACACGGAACGUUUGGCUCGUGCUGCGAUGGGGAAGGUUGGUCAGGUGAUGCAAUAGACAAUAUAUGACUCAGGGGUUAUUACUGUAGCUGUUGGGCCAAAAGUUUCGCUGGUAAUACUAACAAAAUACUGUAGGAGUUGAUGCGGCUAAACUCAUUGAACUGAGAUGACGAAUGAGCUGAGUGAAUCACCCUUUUAUUGCUCAAAAGUGACUAAGUAAUGGUAUAUGCCAAAAUCUACGUUGUUGUUGCGCCAAAGCUUGACUCAGACAGAGCAUUCAGGUGGUUUGAUCCGCUGGAGAAGGUUUAGUUAGGUACAAGUUCGAUAAUAGACGUUGAUCGUGCAUACAUGAGAAGGAACAGGUCAUUUCCGGACUAGAUUUGCAAAACAGACAUUUUCAGAACGGUAAUGCCAUCAGUUUUAGGAUGCAUACCACCCAGAAUGCCGAUGCCCAGGGUAGAGACAUUAAGGUGCGCAUUUCCUUCGACGGAGUCUUACAGUAUGCAGAUACAUCCCAC